UUCCUAUUUAUCCAUUUUCUCCAAAUUAUUUUUCAAAUCCAUAUUUAUAAAAUAAAUGAGUAGUUCCGAAGAAGUAUCAUGGAUUACUUGGUUCUGUGGUUUACGUGGAAACGAAUUUUUUUGUGAAGUUGACGAAGAAUAUGUUCAAGAUAGAUUUAAUUUAACGGGAUUGAGUGAGCAAGUGCCACAUUAUAGACCUGCCAUGGAUAUGAUAUUGGAUUUGGAACCAGAAGAUGAUAUGGAAGAUAAUCCAACUCAAAAUGAUAUUAUAGAACAGGCAGCAGAACUAUUAUAUGGAUUAAUUCAUGCUCGAUACAUAUUGACUAAUAGGGGGAUUGCACAGAUGCUUGAAAAAUAUCAGCAAGGUGAUUUUGGUUAUUGUCCAAGAGUGUUUUGCGAGUCCCAGCACAUGCUUCCAAUUGGAAUGUCUGAUGUACCUGGUGAAGAUAUGGUAAAGUUAUAUUGCCCAAAAUGUAUGGAUGUAUAUAAUCCACGUUCUGCACGUCACCAACAUACUGAUGGUUCGUAUUUUGGAACUGGGUUUCCUCACAUGCUUUUUUUGGUUCACCCAGAAUUCAGGCCAAAGAAAGCAAAUAAUAAAUUUGUUUCAAAGUUAUUUGGCUUCAAAAUUCAUCCAUCUUGUUAUGAAAUACAAUUGCAGGCAUCUAAAAAUUAUAAAUCGCCAGUGCGCACUUUGACAUAUAAUAAUGGUCAAGCCAGAAGGCCUCAAUAAAAAAUUAUAAAUUAUGGGCUUUUUAAAAAGCAUGAAUAUUAUGAACAUAUAAUUAAUUUCAAUGUUAUGAAUCAAUAUUGUUUAUAUAAUUAAAAUAAAUUAUUUU